UAAUAACAACCUAAUAUUGAACACAAUAUAUGAGAUUCAAAACUAUUCACCAUUCUCAUUCCCACCAAAUCAUUCAUUCAUCCUUCAAAGCCAUGCCAAUGGAUGCUUUCUCUCUCACUUCAACUACCAUUCCCUCCACUCUCACACGUAGAGACACUGCAGCAGAUAAACCUUCCUGUCAUCUCAACCUUUCCAAACAGUCACAUUUCAUGAGGUACCCUCUAAUCACAACUCUCACCAACAGCAGAAUCUGCAGUAACAAUAGCAUAAGAGCUCAAGCUUCAGGUUCAACCAAAUCUAGUACUGCUGAGGGGAUUCCUGAGAAAACAGAUUCCAAGGAUGAUAAUCUAGUUUUUGUUGCUGGUGCUACUGGAAAAGUUGGUUCGAGAACAGUCAGGGAGCUUAUAAAGCUUGGUUUUAAAGUUAGAGCUGGAGUGAGGAAUACUCAGAAAGCUAGUGCAUUGGUUCAGAGUGUUAAACAAUUGAAACUUGAUGGUGCAAGUGGAGGGGGUGAAGCUGUAGAGAAGCUUGAAAUUGUGGAAUGUGAUUUGGAGAAGCCGGAUCAAAUUGGAUCAGCAUUAGGGAAUGCAUCAACUGUGAUAUGUACUAUUGGUGCUAGUGAGAAGGAAAUUUUCGAUAUUACUGGACCUUGUCGAAUCGAUUAUAGAGCCACCAAAAGCCUUGUUAAUGCUGCAACUGUUGCCAAAGUAAAUCACUUCAUAUUGGUUACUUCAUUGGGAACAAACAAAUUUGGUUUUCCUGCAGCUAUUCUCAAUUUAUUUUGGGGGGUCUUGAUUUGGAAAAGGAAGGCUGAAGAAGCUUUGAUAGCGAGUGGAAUUCCAUAUACAAUAGUGAGACCUGGUGGCAUGGAGAGGCCUACUGAUGCAUACAAGGAAACACAUAAUGUAACUCUAUCAACUGAAGAUACUUUAUUUGGGGGUCAAGUUUCAAAUCUUCAGGUUGCUGAACUCAUGGCAGCAAUGGCCAAGAAUCCCGAUCUUUCGUACUGUAAAAUAGUAGAGGUCAUUGCCGAGACAACUGCACCACUAACACCUGCCGAAAAACUUCUUACAACGAUACCUUCUCAACGCCCUUACAUUUCUUCGCCUAAGAAACCAGAUGCAGCAACUGUCAGUAAUCCAGGUCCCUCUGCUAAUGUUGUAGCGGACGUACCUGUCAGUAGUCCAGGUCCCUCUGCUAAUGUUGUAGCGGAAGUACCUAGUAUUGCUCCUCAAAAAGAAACAGAACAACCAAAACCAGUGGCGAAAACGGAACAGCCACUUUCUCCUUAUACCGCUUAUGAUGAUUUAAAGCCACCAUCAUCGCCUUCUCCAACUAAGCCUAGUGACAAGAAACAGAUAAGCUUCAGUGACGCAGUUCCAACACCUAUUUCUUCAGUUCCAACACCUAUUUCUUCGGAUACUCCAAGUAGCAUUCAAGAAAUAGAUGGCAUUUCUCAGACAACAUCUUCCUCAAAAGGGAAGGAGUCUCUAUCUCCUUACGCAGCAUAUCCUGAUUUAAAGCCUCCUACUUCACCAUCUCCGAGUGUACCAACUACAUCAGUAUCCAAGAUUGAUACUGUUGUAGUAUCAAGCAAUGGACCAGCUCAACUUUCUGUCGAAGACACACCAGAGGAUGAUGGGCAGCAGCGCCUUCAUGAACCAAAGCCAAGACCACUUUCACCUUAUGCAAUAUAUCCUGAUUUAAAGCCUCCUAGUUCACCAUCUCCGAGUGUACCAACUACAUCACCAUCCAAGAUAGAUACAGUAGUAGUUUCCAGCAAUGGACCAGCUCAACUUUCUGUGGAAGAUACACCAAAGGACGAUGGACAGCAGCACCUUCAGGAACCAAAGUCAAGACCACUUUCACCUUAUGCAAUGUAUGAGGACUUGAAGCCUCCUGCAUCACCACAACCUUCCUUCAGAAAAUCCUAGGAAAUGUUUCCAGCCUAUGGAAUCAGACAAGGAUUGUUUUAUUGAAGAGUUUAUGCAGCAGCACAUAUGGAGGAUUGUCACUCGAAGUAUGAAGAUCGGAAGCAUUUAGUUGAAUGGAAAUUUUCUUGCCAUUUAUUUCUUGAUAACCUUUUGAGGAUAGUCACUCAAAAAAGCACUGUUGUUUAUAUAUAUAAUUUACUUUUCCCAUGUUGCAAGUUAAAUAAGGAAAAGGUAUUACUUUUCAAGAUCA